AUGAACCACACUGUGGAUGAUCAAAACAUGGCUUUUAUCUCUCAAUUGUACCCUGAUGUCUACACUCAGAUAGUACCACUGCAACAAGGUGAAGUGAAGCCACCGAAACGAAGGAGGAAGAAGAGCAAAGCAGCUGUUGCUGCCGGAGAUGGAAGCAACUGCUUUUUUAGAAAGAGAAAGCUUACUGAUGAGCAAGUGAACAUGUUAGAGAUGAGUUUUGGGGAUGAGCACAAGCUUGAGUCGGAGAGGAAAGAUAAACUUGCAGCGGAGCUAGGGCUUGACCCUCGUCAAGUUGCAGUUUGGUUUCAGAACCGUCGUGCACGGUGGAAGAACAAAAGGCUCGAGGAAGAGUACAACAAACUCAAAAACUCACAUGACAACGUCGUUGUCGACAAGUGCCGACUUGAGUCAGAGCUUCUUCAGCUCAAGGAACAACUCUAUGAUGCAGAGAGGGAGAUCCAAAGAUUGGCAGAAAGAGUAGAAGGAGGCUCGAGCAACAGUCCAGUUUCUUCUUCAGUUUCUGUGGAGGCUAAUGAGACGCCGUUUUUUGGAGACUAUAAAGUUGGAGACGACGGUUACGACUACAAUGACCUAUUUUAUCCGGUGCCGGAAAACAUCUACAUGGAUGAAACUGAAUGGAUGAAUCUAUACAUAUGA